UCCUUCACAAGACGUCUUUUAAAGAAGACAUUUCUUGCUACCUGCUUCAUCAGUUCCUUCUCAAGAUGAACAGCAUGUCACACCUGGCAGAUGUUGUUGAAGUUGGCGGUGAGGGAGGAGAUGUUUUCAAUUUUAAUGGCACUGAAAAUGGAAGCAUGCUGAAAACGAUCCAGGUUUGGGAAGGCGAGUGCCAGAUAAAAGCCAUGAAGGUGUGGCUUACUGAUGGCCAGUCCAAGCAGUUUGGUGUUCCUGCUGGGAAUCUGAAAGAGUUUAACUUUGAAGAUGGAGAGCAUUUCACCUCCCUUUCACUUUGGCCAAAUCAAGAGGGUACACAUCUGGGUGCAAUCAAAUUCAAGACAAGUCACUCCCGAGAAUUCUAUGCAAGCUUGACAAAAGGUAGUCUAAAGCCAGAAGCUCCAGUUGAUGUUGCCUCUGGGAUCUGCCUGGGGAUCAAAGGACGUUCAGGGUCUGAUAUUGAUCUCGUUGGGUUCAUAUUCCCCAAACCCAUCAUGUCUGUUCAGCUUACCAAUGUUGUGUAUCCCACUAUUCAUGAUGUGAAUCCCAAAGUGGCUGUUGGAGAAGUUAAAUCCAUGUUGUACCAGAACAACACUUCUGAAACUCAAGAAUUUAAAAUUGAGGCCUCCCAAAAAGUCACCCCAAGAUCAUCCUGGUCUCUUACGUGCAAACUGGUAAACAUGUUCAGCCUGGAAGUGAAUGCAGGAAUUCCACAGCUUGUGGAGGGGAUAAAUGGCUAUCAAUUAAUUAAUGGAGUUGAGGGUACAUAUCCUCCAAACACCACUGAAGAGAAAAUUGAGCUCUUCUCAUUUCCUGUUAAAGUUCCUGCAAGAGAAAACAUAGAUGUGCGCGUCACACUUGGCCAGGCUACAGUUGAUCUCCCAUUCACUUGCAUCAUGAAGAUUAUCUUCAUUAAUGGCACUGUGUUUGAAUUUCAAAAGAAAGGAAUCUACAAGGGUGUCGCUUACUCUGAUGGAAAAGUGGUUGUGAAUGAAGCAAACAAAUAGCUUGGUGCAGCCUAA